GAAUCCACAAAUCACACAACAUCAUGGCAGAUCGCUUUCCAUCUCUCGAGGAGUUCGACUCUGGUGCGCAAACGGAGGCACAGGGUGAUGAUCUGAUGGGCGAUGACUUCCUGUCCCGUGAAAAGGCUCUGCUGGGUGAUGACGCGAAUCAAUUCUCGACUGGCCAUGACCAUGCGGCUUUCGUCCAAGACGGAGAUGACGACCUGCUCGGCGGCGGUGGAGGAAACGAUGAGGAGGUUACGGAGUUCGAGAGCUCAUUCCCAGCAAUCGACUCACGGAACGAGAACGUAGCGCCAGGCGGAACUAUCACCGGCACGACAGCCCCCUACCAAUCCUCCUAUUACCCUACCGCUGUCGACGAAGAAGAGCCUGAAGUAAUCAAGCAAUGGCGUGAACGCCGCGACCUCGCUCUCCAAGAACGAGAAGCACAUUCCGCUGAACGCAAAGCUGAGACCGUCAAGGCUGCCCAACAAAACAUCGACGACUUCUAUGAGAACUACAAUUCCAAGAAGGAGAAGACGAUUGCUGCCACCAGACGUGAUGCCGAGGAGUUCUUGGAGAGCCGGGAGGACACAUCUGCUGGUGGAACAAGCUGGGAGCGAAUUGCUAAGCUGGUUGAUUUGAGCGGGAAGGGAACAAAGGGUGGUGCGAGCGGAACCGACAAGGCGAAGUUCAGGGAAUUGUUGAUGAGUUUGAGAAAGGAUGAGAAGGCUCCUGGCGCUACUGGAUACUAAGCUGUUUUGUUUCUGGGAGGCAUGGUGCGUUUGGCGGGACUUGUAAGAUCUG